AUGGCGCGUGGAAGUAGCAGCUCAGGCUCACGGGCGAGGCCGCGGUUUCAGCUCGGCUGGCAACGGUUCAUACCGUUUCUGGGCUACCACCAUGUGCUGAUGAUUCUGAUUGCCGUUGCCAUUAUUUUACUAUCACUGCUACUGGCCGGCUGCUCAUCGUCAUCGCCGCUUAUACCAGACAUCUUCCUACUCUCGCUGUACUAUCAAAAGUAUCAGGCCGUUCCCGACACGGCACAAGUUGACUACAAUGUCGUCACUGCCAUCGCCAACAUUGCUGGCAGUGCUAGUCUCCAGGCCCGUGUCGGGUACUUUGGCAUCUGUGUCAACCCCGACGGCGGCUCGUGGCUUUGCAGCAACAACGCUACGGCUUUGGCCAAGGAGGUUUCUGUUGACCAGGAUCCUCUCAACCUAAUCUGGCUCGCGGGCCAGUUCAAGGACAUGAUUGUCUUUCCCUAUCUAAUAAUCAUUGCCAUCAUAUUCGCCUUCCUGUGUCUUCUUUUGCUGGCCACCUUCCCAGGUUGGCACGACGAAGAGGAUUCUGAAGGAUCCGAGCGCGAAGUCAAGCCCUUCCCCUCACGAGCCGUCUCACAAGUCGCCCUCGCCAUCAUCUUCAUCGCCUCAAUCUUUGUCCUCGUCUCUGUUCUGUGGCAACACACUGCAUCAGUCGCGGCAUCCGUCAUCGCCCAAGAUUUUGGCAACGGAUCUGUCAAGAGUGGUGUGGGCACCAGCGCCAUGGUAAUGGGUUGGUUCUCGUUCACACUGCUCAUCAUUGUCACAAUUGGCCUGCUCGUCAUGAUAUUGAGUAUGCGCGUCCUCAAACAGAUGAUGCGAGACUAG